ACCGUUAGAAACUUCAAUGACGUUUUAGUAAUUUACCCUUGUUCUCUUUUCGGUUUUCGAAAUUCCAAUACCCUAAAACUCUCUCUCUCUCUCUCUCCGUUUCUCUUUUCCCCUCAAAUUUUCCCUCUCCAGUCGGUCUCCACCACCAAUCCAUAUUUGUCGAGUCCUAUAUCACGAAACAGGCUAUAACAGCCGUAUCUCUCACUCUCUGCCGCAUCUCUCUCUCUCUCUUGAUGAUAUUUGUCUGGUGCGUUUUCUGGUGAAGGCUCGUGGUUCUCUGCGAGACUCAUGGUUAGGUCAAGGCUCGUUUUUCUUCUUUGAUCCUCUUCUCCCUUGUUUUGUUUUUACACCAAUCCAUGGAAACUCUAUAUUCCACUCCAUUGUAUAGUUUAGUUCCAAAUGUAUAGCAUCAAGUUAUUCAGAAUUAAAGUCGUUCAGAUAUUUUUAUCAUAGUAAAAGAAAUGCAUUUUGUGGAGAUAGAGAGGGGUGAGGUUUGUGGAAGUAGAGAAACAAACACAAAUAGCAGAAUCGUUUCCUUCAAACGCUAUGAACCAGAGGAAUAGUUGCAAGCCACUCUGGUUAUGACUGUAACAAUUGAUGUCGAUCAAUUGCGAGAAGCAAGGAAAACAGUGGAUAUAGAUAGAUUUCAACCAGGGUGUUGAAAGCUUUCGGGGGUUACGAGUUUUUUGGUAAAGGUCGAGGGUUAUGAGUAGGUAGUAUAGAAUUGUUGUUUUGAGCGAAAACUGCACCCAAGUAGAGAGUCCAUUUUAAGUUCAUAAUCGAUUUAAGAAAGAAAAAACAAGAAGGAAGAAGCGAUUCCAAGGUACACAAUUUAUAGAUCUUCCUUUGUAGUUAAUUCAGUCAUUUUAAAUAGUCACUCAAAGAACCAUUUCAAGAAAGAAGGAACAAACUACUCUAAGGUACAAAAUUCAUUGAUGUUCCUUUUCUUUUGCUUCAGUCAUUUAUGCCAUUUUUUAGCAGAGACGUUCUCAUCCCACGUUAUUCUGAUUUUUUAUAGUUGUACUAAUGUAAUGAUAUAAAUCUCUCUCUCUCUCUCUCUCUCCCUCCUUGAUAUAUCCAAUAUAGUUCCUCCCACUUUAAACCAGCGACAUGUGGAACUUCAGAAGAAGAUAUAACCAUGCAUUUUUCUCUCUCGUGAUUCAAAUCCAUAUCAAUUCGUCGAAUUUUUGUCCAACCCACGUCAUAAAAUCCAUAACUACAAAUGAAUUGAAGCCUUCCCGUUCUAGUCUUUUCAUGGGUCAUUUGAAUUCUUGUUUCUCCACUAAGUUUUCUUUUCUUAGUUGCUCUACUUCCAGGAAUCCAAGUACCCAUAUGGUUGAAUCAGAACAUGGUGAUGGUGAAGAUUUUGGUGGCAGUGGUAUUGAUAUUGAACAAUUGGAUGUCAAAGAUGACAACCUUAUUCGAGAUGUUGAAAAAAUUUUGCAUAUUCUACGGGAUUUCAGGAGAGCUAGCAUUGAGACAAAGCAGAAGCUUCAGUUAUGUGGCAUAAAUGUCUCAUCAGAAUUGGUGAUACGAGUUCUUUCUUGCAUACAAAAUGAUUGGGCUGCAGCAUUCACCUUUUUUUUGUGGGCCGGAAAGCAGCCUGGUUACACUCAUUCUGUUCGUGAAUACCAUGCAAUGAUCUCGAUUCUGGGAAAGAUGAGAAAAUUUGACACAGCAUGGGCCCUCAUUGAUGAAAUGAGAGGAGGUAGAACUGGUCCAUCACUGGUGACUACUAAGACGCUCUUAAUUAUGAUCAGGAGAUACAGUGCUGUACAUGAUGUGGCGAAGGCAAUCAGCACUUUUUAUGCUCUCAAACGGUUUAAGUUCAACAUCCAGAUGGAGGAAUUCCAAGAUCUUCUCUGUGCUCUGUGCCGAUAUAAAAAUGUGAAAGAUGCUGAGCAUUUACUCUUCUGCAAUGACAAUGUAUUCCCAUUUAAUACUAAGAGCUUCAAUAUCAUACUCAAUGGGUGGUGCAACAUAAUGGUCAAUCUGCGAGAAGCGAAAAGGUUUUGGAGAGAGAUGGAUAGAAGAGGAAUAACACGGGAUGCCAUCUCAUAUUCCAGCAUGAUCUCUUGCUACUCCAAAACUAGAAACCUUCAUGAUGUUCUCAAGCUGUUUAAUCAGAUGAAGGAAUUGGGUGUUGCUCCAGAUCGGAAGGUUUAUAAUUCUGUCAUUUAUGGUCUUGCAAAAGGCAAACUUGUGAAGGAGAUUCAUGAACUCAUGAAGACGAUGGAAAAGGAGGGCUUCAUCCCAAAUGUUGUUACUUAUAAUUCACUGAUCAAGCCUCUUUGCCAGGCUCGUCAAAUAGAUGAAGCAAGGAAAUUCCUUGACGAAAUGUUGCAGCAUGGUCUGUUUCCGUCUAUUAGGACAUACCAUGCCUUUCUUCGUAUUCUGAGAACAGAGGUAGAUGUGUUUGAGCUGUUAGGAAAAAUGAAGGAGACAGGUUGUUAUCCAACUUAUGACACUUAUAAAAUGUUAAUUAGAAAGUUUUGUAGGUGGCGCCAACUUGAAAAUGCCUUCAAGGUAUGGAAUGAGAUGGCAGAGAAUGGAUUGAGCCCUGACAGGAGCUCUUACAUUGUCCUGAUACAUGGACUCUUUUUGAACGGGAAGUUGGAGGAAGCCUUUAAGUAUUAUGAAGAGAUGAAAGAGAAGGGGUUUUUGCCUGAACCAAAAACUGAUGAGAUGCUUCAGAUUUGGGCAUCUGGUAGGCAAACUACAAGGUGGCAGAUGUUUGGCUUGAAGGAUAACUUAAUCUAUUGCAAUUCCUCAAGCAAUGCCAAAAUCACUGCUAACACUGGUUAUGAAAGAGAUUUUUGCAGACAACCUGAAAUGAGAAAGGUUACAAGAGAAAAGGGUUUCUCUUUUUGGGAGUAGUGGAAUCUCUUGCCAUAAUAGUGGAAUGGUGGAACAGGACGAAUGUACCCAACCCCAUAAGCUGGGACAAGGUUUAGUUGAGUUGAGAAUUUCAUCAUAAUAGUACAUGAAGCUCUGCAGUAUCUGAUCCAUAUAACAACCAACAUUCUUCAACUGGUCAACAAUAUCAAUUUCCCUACCAAAUGCAGGACUUGAGACAAAGAAACAAAUUGGACUUCAGUCUGGUGGAUUAGGAAGCACAUCCUUGCAGUCAUCCUCUACCAUGUCGCCUCUCCGGUUGCACUGUUAUUUGGGUCAUCCCUCCUUGUAGAGUCUACAGGGCUUAUUUUCUUCAUUAAAGUCCAUGUCCUUUGAAGUGUGAAGCUUACCAGCUGAGUAAACACCACAGGUCAUCGUUCUCGUCAUGUAUCAUUAGUCGUGUGUUUGGUCACUUUCAAUUAGUUCGUUUUGAUGUUUGGGGUUCCUGUUUUGCUGUGUCUUAUGUAGGAUUUAAGUACUUUGUAACAUUUGUUACCAUUCACAGAUGACUUGGUUAUAUUUAAUGAAAGAUCUGUGUUAUUUCUUAUUUUUAAAUCCUUCAA